AUGGGGCCGAAGACCGGUGCUUGCGCUAGCGGUGUUGGGGUCUAUGUUGCAGAUGUUUGCGUUGUCUACUAUCCCAUCGGCGGAGGCGGAGGUAUCAUUGCAGCCAUGCUCUAUACCUUCAUAUCCGACAUCGUCCCCAUCGCUGAGCGAGCCACUCUUUUUUUCCAGAUGCACGCUACUUACCUCACAGCGCGCAUGAUUUCUGGGCCUAUAGCUGGCUCACUCAUGGUCACCAGUCCCUGGAUUCCACUCGUCCUCUCUCUGGGCCUCAUGACUCUCGCGGCCGCCACUACCCUUGUCUUCCCCGAAACUCGACAUCUGAAAGCCCAAGCUUCAUCAACAAAACGGCUAGACAAUGAAGAUAUUCCAGCCCAUCUCUCCACAGACGACGAAGACGUUGGUAAACCCAUGUUAUCCUCCUCUCCACCACCGCUCUCCUCCCUUACCCAACCUCAGGCUCAGCAACCCAUCACCACCAGGAUAAUCGACCUCGCCACCUCCCUCCGCUCUUUCACCCACUUCCUCACCACCAACAAAAGAAUCUGUAUCCUCACCCUCGCCCUCGGCCUUGUCGUCAUCGGCAAAUAUGCCCAAGUCCUCCUACUCCAAUACGCCACGAAGCGCUUCCACUACUCCUGGUCCGAAGCUUCGUAUCUGCUCACCAUCCCGAACUUUACUUCGCUGAUAACCCUCCUCUUCAUUCUGCCGUUCGUUUCCUCCUUGCUACUUGGCACUUCUUCUUCUCCCCUUCUUUCUACCUUUUCUUCCUCCCUCUCUUCUGAUACCUCUCACACCUCGUCUGGGACACACUUCUACCACCUAAACCUCACCCCCCUCACCCCGCUACAAAAAGACCUCAACUUAGCCCGCGCCUCCUCCCUCCUCCUAACACUUGGCUGCCUCCUCAUUGCCCUCGCCACGACCCGCUUGGGUUUUACAUCCGGAAUGAUCCUCUUCGCUUUAGGUUCCGGGUUAGGCUCGACGUUAAGAAGCUUGUUGAACGCGUUAGUGGACGAGGAGCACAUGGGCCUACUGAAUAGCGUGGUGGGAUGGCUGGAGAUGGUGGGCAUCAUGGUUGCGGGGCCGGUGUUAGCGGAGGGAAUGAGUGAGGGGUUGAGGAGGGGCGGCGGUUGGGUGGGGUUGCCGUUUUGGAUGGCGGGGGGGUUACUGACGGGGGCGAGUGGGUUGGUUUGGGUUGUGCGGGCUGGUGGGGAGGAUGAGAAGGGAAAGAGAGAGGCGAAUGUGAAUGGGAGGAGAGAAGGGGGAGGAGACGAAGAAGGAGAAGAGGUGUGAAUACGAGGUGCAGGUGAGAGGAGAAGGGGAGGC